AUGACCACUUUCUUUUACUUCCACGAGACAGAUGUUUUUCCCUAUCGACCAAUCAGUCCAAUAUGGUCGAUUAUUUACAUAAUAUUAUCAUUUAUUUUCUUUCUAAUCAUCGAUCUCAAGACGAAAUCUACGGCAAAACCCAAAGAUAGUCAUGAUCGCAACAACAAUUGGCUUCGACAAAAUACAUUACUCAGUUUUAUUCAUUCAUCGAUUUGUUCAGUAUUAAUUAUUAUUUCCGUUUUACGUGCACCUGAAAUGUUCGAUGAUCCAUUAUCGCAUAUAAAUUACUUUAAUUAUGCAUUAGUUGCUUUCAGUCUUGGCUAUUUUUGCUGGGAUUUUUUUGAUUGUCUACAAAAUUCUACAUCGUCAACAUUUGCUAUUCUUAUUCAUCAUAUUGUCGUCAUUACAUUUCUUUUACAUAUCCUUCUUCGUUCACGUAAUAUUGGUUACGCUCUAUUUGCAUUGUCACUUGAAAUCAACAGCGUAUUUUUACAUGCGCGAAGACUCCUACGUUGGUAUUCUCCUAUGUCAGCAUCAGCUAAUUCUAAGAAAUCUCUAAAAUUAUAUAUUGACAUUGGCAAUUAUAUUACAUUUAUCAUAUUUCGUUUUGGUGUUGUUUAUUAUGGUUUACAGCAAUUAUAUGUACAACGUCAUCGACUUGAUCCCAUAGUUCUUACAUUUACUGCGCUAAGCGUUUCUGCAAUUGCAAUUUUAAAUGUUGUUUUAUUUUAUCGUUUGAUAAAAAAUCAAAUUAGUCGAAAAUUAAGAACAAAAAAGGAUAAAUUGAUUGAAGAUAAUGUUAUGAUGAUGGAUAAUCAUGUUAUAUUGCCGAGUUAA